UAGCCAAAAUGGAUCAAACAUAGGUGAGUUAAAUUGGGGGUGCAUCUUUUAUCUUGCUUGAUACAAUCUUCUUCAGUUGUCUUCUGAUUUCAGUCACAUACAUUGCCAUGUUCGUUCUAGCACAGCAGGUGUUCGUGUGUAUGCCUAUGAAAUGAUAGCACAUGUGGUUUCGCGCAUGUAAUCCUCCUUUGUGUAUGCCUAUUCGUGAUUACCCUUAGCCAGUAAUUCAUGUUAAGUAAUGGUCUAGGCUUAGAUGCUUGAGCCAGUAAACUUACUGGUCAGAAUCUCAGAUUACUAUUUAGCCUUUUCUCAGCAAUUUGGAGACAUGUCGGCCUUGUAUCCUUAUAAUGAAAGGCGGAUGAGAUUGUUUGUAGCUAUUUUUAAUGGUAUCCUUUGCUAUGUUAGGUGGCUUGCUUGAUUUAAAUAUGCUAUGGAGGAUUACAUAGAUAAUACUCUGCUUAAUUUCUUUAUUUUGCUUCCCUUCUUGGCGGUCUUCUAAUACAAGAUGCAUGUUUGAGAUCUUCACUACUAUUAAACAAUCAAACAAAAACUUUUUUAGAGGCACCCCGUAAUUAGUCCCACAACAACACACAGACUAAUCAGCACCACAUAAUUAGACCCACAAUUCUUAAUCUAACAGUCCUUAUUGAUCUACUACUUCUAUCGUGUGCACUUAGUAAUUUUUCAUGACUGACCAUACUCCACCAGGAGAGAAGUACUCGAACUACUAUCCCUACAAUCACGGAUCGGGAGUCGCCCACCACGGCCGACGGUGCCGCGCCCAACCUCCACCGCGGCCGACUGCCUCCACGUGAAUUCCCUUGCGAGGCUCUCUGGCGACCACACCGCCUACUCCAGAGGCGAGGAGCUUGCCGGCGUCCAGCUCCUCAAGGAGAAGCGCGCUCCACCGCCGACGCUGCCGCGCCCAAAUCCCACCGCGGCGACCGCCUCCGCUCUCUCGAUGGGGAUCCGCUGCGGCAGUGCCAGGACGUUCACCAUCGCCACUGCAGUCUGUUGUUCACCGCGGACGCCACAUGCCUGCACCCCACGGCCGGCCACCGCGCGUCUGGAGCGCGCUCUUCCGCCUAUUCCCAGUGUGUCGCCGCCGGCUCACCCGAGCGCGCCGCUGAUGGCCUUCGGUGCUAUCGCAGGCACCAAGACCAUCGCUGUGCUGGUAAGUCCUCUCCCCCAGCUAGCGUAGCGCCCGAUUCUACUAUCUCUCUUCCAUGUCGUUGCAACACGGUCUCUCCUCUGUCGUUGCUGCUGCCGCCACCGUGUUUCUCCUUCCUGCUUCUGCCACUGUCGCUGGAGCUAGCCAAAAUGGAUCAAACAUAGGAGAGAAGUACUCGAACUACUAUCCCUACAAUCACGGAUCGGGAGUCGCCCACCACGGCCGACGCUGCCGCGCCCAACCUCCACCGCGGCCGACUGCCUCCACGCGAAUUCCCUUGCGAGGCUCUCUGGCGACCACACCGCCUACUCCAGAGGCGAGGAGCUUGCCGGCGUCCAGCUCCUCAAGGAGAAGCGCGCUCCACCGCCGACGCUGCCGCGCCCAAAUCCCACCGCGGCCGACCGCCUCCGCUCUCUCGAUGGGGAUCCGCUGCGGCAGUGCCAGGACGUUCACCAUCGCCACCGCAGUCUGUUGUUCACCGCGGACGCCACAUGCCUGCACCCCACGGCCGGCCACCGCGCGUCUGGAGCGCGCUCUUCCGCCUAUUCCCAGUGUGUCGCCGCCGGCUCACCCGAGCGCGCCGCUGAUGGCCUUCGGUGCUAUCGCAGGCACCAAGACCGUCGCUGUGCUGGAGAGAAGUACUCGAACUACUAUCCCUACAAUCACGGAUCGGGAGUCGCCCACCAUGGCCGACGCUGCCGCGCCCAACCUCCACCGCGGCCGACUGCCUCCACGCGAAUUCCCUUGCGAGGCUCUCUGGCGACCACACCGCCUACUCCAGAGGCGAGGAGCUUGCCGGCGUCCAGCUCCUCAAGGAGAAGCGCGCUCCACCGCCGACGCUGCCGCGCCCAAAUCCCACGCAGCCGACCGCCUCCGCUCUCUUGAUGGGGAUCCGCUGCGGCAGUGCCAGGUCGUUCACCAUCGCCACCGCAGUCUGUUCACCACGGACGCCACAUGCAUGCACCCCGCGGCCGGCCACCGCGCGCCUGGAGCACGCUCUUCCACGUGUUCCCAGUGUGUCGCCGCCGGCUCACUUGAGCGCGCCGCUGAUGGCCUUCGGUGCUAUCGCAGGCACCAAGACCAUCGCUGUGCUGGUAAGUCCUCUCCCCCAGCUGGCGUAGCGCCCGGUUCUACUAUCUCUCUUCCAUGUCGUUGCAACACCGUCUCUCCUCUGUCGUUGCUGCUGCCGCCACCGUGUUUCUCCUUCCUGCUUCUGCCACUGUCGCUGGAGCUAGCCAGAAUGGAUCAAACAUAGGUGAGUUAAAUUGGGGGUGCAUCUUUUAUCUUGCUUGAUACAAUCUUCUUCAGUUGUCUUCUAAUUUCAGUCACAUACAUUGCCAUGUUCGUUCUAGCACAGCAGGUGUUCGUGUGUAUGCCUAUGCAAUGAUAGCACAUGUGGUUUCGCGCAUGUAAUCCUCCUUUGUGUAUGCCGAUUCGUGAUUACCCUUGAGUCAGUAAUUCAUGCUAAGUAAUGGUCUAGGCUUAGAUGCUUGAGCCAGUAAACUUACUGGUCAGAAUCUCAGAUUACUAUUUAGCCUUUUCUCAGCAAUUUGGAGACAUGUCGGCCUGUAUCCUUAUAAUGAAAGGAGGAUGAGAUUGUUUGUAGCUAUUUUUAAUGGUAUCCUUUGCUAUGUUAGGUGGCUUGCUUGAUUUAAAUAUGCUAUGGAGGAUUACAUGGAUAAUACUCUGCUUAAUUUCUUUAUUUUGCUUCCCUUCUUGGCGGUCUUCUAAUACAGGAUGCAUGUUUGAAAAAAAGACUCACAAAAUUGAUAUGAAGAAACAACAACCAGAACUUGCUUCAGUAAUUUAUUCUCCACCAGUGUGUCCUGAAUCAUUUGUACAUUACUAAAUUCUAUGCUUAUUUGUUAGCAGCAAAAUGACUAAUUCAGUUCUGGUACAAUCUUAAUACUUGCAGGAAAACCGAUCUUCAUUAGUCAUAAGUAGAGAUAAGAAGACUGUUAAGUUUAUGGCAAAGUCAUGUCAUUAUUAAGUCUUUAUUCUUAUUGGAUCAGCUUAGUAAAAAUGAUUUCAGUUGUUGCCCUAAAUUCGAUAAAGGUAGUAAUGUGUUGUAGAUACCACCACUUGCAUGAACAACCAGAAUGGCAAUAAUAAGUGCUAUUUAUUCAUGUCAGCUUACUUUAAAUAAAUAUGUCUUUCAUGGAACAGUAUGUGUGUGAUGGAUCUUUUCAAGUUCGAUUCAUGUUCAAUUAGGUGCAUAUUUCGUGAGAAAAUCCCGACGUCCAGCUCUUCAAGGAGAGGAGCCUGCCACCACCGACGCUGACGUUGCCAUGGGUGCCCAUCCUUGCUGUCCGAUGGAACCACUCAGACGGUCAUACCGCGGUCGUCGUCAGAAUCAUCCGAGUUGAUUUAACCAAUUUUUGAAUCCUCUCUGAAUAAGCAGGAAGUUGUAUUUGGAAGCUUUCUUGGACUUAUAUCGUAAUCAUGGUAUAUGGCUUGAUUGUUUCA